AUGGUUCUGUACUUUACAUCGAACGUCGUAAGCCCAUCCGCCCUUAUCUACAUGGGCAAGGACAAGUUCGAGAACGAAGAUUUGAUCAAACACGGGUUCGAGGAAGACGUAUGGUUUCACGUCGAUAAACUGUCCAGUGCGCACGUCUACUUGCGCCUCGGUCCCGGUCAAACAUGGGACAAUAUUCCAGAACCGCUGCUAAAUGACCUCGCACAACUGGUCAAGGCUAACUCGAUCGAGGGCAACAAAAAAAACAACCUUACGAUCAUUUACACGCCCUGGUCGAAUCUCAAGAAGACAGGAGACAUGGAUGUUGGUCAGGUCAGCUUCAAGAAGAACAAUCUCGUCAAGCGUGUUUAUGUUGCCGAGAGGGUAAACGACAUUGUCAACCGACUUAACAAGACUAAGGUUGAAAAGUUCCCCGAUCUGGCCCAGGAGAAGGCAGAUCACGAACGAGCGAGCCGGAGGCAGCAGAAGCAGCUGGAGCAGGAGCGU